CCCUCUUCAGCCAAAGAAUAUGCUCUGUACAUAGACUUUCUUUGCUUCAGCCACCUGAAUGCAGAGUAAAGUAUGCAAAUACUUCAAAACAUUGAAUUUGCGUUUUGCAGUUUAUGAAACCGUAGUGUUUACUUUUAAAGGUAUCUCUAGCCAUUCCAAUAUUAAGAUGCCAAAACCAGGUUUUUAUGCUGUAAAGUCUGGAAGAAGCCCUGGUGUUUACUUGACAUGGGCAGAAUGUGAAGCUCAAGUUAAAGGUUAUCCAAAUGCUGUUUUUAAAAAAUUCUUGACUCACGAAUUAGCGGAGCAGUUUGUUGGUUGUUCUUCUGGUAGUAUAGUGAAAAAUAAUGUUUCUAUAUUAAAUACAACGAAAUCCGCAUCCAUCACUUUUUCUGAUAACCAUCAUGUAAAUUUAAAUCCUUCCGUGUCCAGUACCAUAUUGACCUCAGCAUCUGAUAUUACUAAUAAUCCUCCUCCAACAUUAAUACAUCCUCCAUCAAAACGAUCCAGGCAGUGUUAUUAUGCUGUGCAUCGCGGAAAACGACCUGGUGUGUAUCAUACAUGGACUGAAUGUGAAGCUCAGAUUCGAGAUUUCCAAAACGCCAGUUACAGAAGAUUUGAUAGUGAAGAAGAAGCUUUGGAUUAUGUUCGUACAGGUGGUAUUGUAAAAGCCACUAAGCGAGAACUUAGAAAUAUUCAUUAUAGUAAUCGUGUUAUUAAAAGAACAAGGCCUGAAAAUAAGGACUGUGAGUACAUCCUUGCUAAUCCAGAUGAAUGUGUUGUGAUAUUUACAGAUGGAGCUAGUGCACAAAAUGGAAAACUAAGAGCAAGAGCUGGAAUUGGUGUGUACUGGGGUCCAAAUCAUCCACUGAAUACUAGUAAGCGAUUGUCUGGACGUCAGACAAAUAAUCGAGCUGAAAUCCAUGCUGCAAUACAUGCUCUUAGACAAGCCAAACUGAUUGGUGCUAAGAAAGUUAAACUGUAUACAGAUAGUCAGUUCCUUAUCCAUGCUAUUACAGACUGGAUUAAGAAGUGGAAAUCAAAUGGUUGGAAACUAGUUAAUGGUGAUCCUGUUGUUAACAAAGAUGAUUUUAUUGAUCUUGAAUCUGCAUGCGAGGGUUUAGAUGUUGAGUGGAUAUUUGUCAAAGGUCAUGCAAGGAAUCAUGGUAAUGACGAAGCAGACAGAUUAGCAGUUGCUGGUUCUAAAUUGCUUCUUGAACCGUCUAAUUGCUCAAGUCUUAUAAAAUCAUCUUCAGACAUAUCUGAAGAACAAGAUAGUGAACCCUUUAUCUUAUCUAGUGCAUCUGAUGCUGAUGAAAUUCCAGCCCUUAUUAUUCCUAAUGUAGAACCUCCUAAAAAGCCUUAUUAUGCUGUACGUAAAGGUAAAAGUCCUGGUGUAUAUUCAACAUGGACGGAAUGUGAAGCACAAAUAAAAGAUUUUCCAAAGCCAUGGUUUAGAAAGUUUUGGAGUAAAGAAGAAGCUCUUGAAUUUGUUAAAACUGGUAAAAUAAGUACAGAAAUUAAACUACCUGAAUGUAAAUCUGAUGAGUACGUUACUGUAUUUACAGAUGGUGCUAGUUCUUGUAAUGGAAAAGAAGAAGCUAGGGCAGGUAUAGGUAUUUAUUGGGGUCCUGGAAAUAAAUUAAAUACCAGUAUGAGACUACCUGGUAGGCAAACAAAUAAUCGAGCUGAAAUUUAUGCUGCUGUCCAUGCACUUCGUCAAGCAAAACUGCUAGGAAUAAAAAAUCUUCGUUUAUACACUGAUAGUCAAUUUGUUAUUAAAGGAAUAACUACAUGGAUUGAUAAAUGGAAACAAAAUGGAUGGAUUUUAGCUAAUGGCAAACCUGUUGUUAAUAAGGAGGAUUUUAUAGCUUUAGAUAAUGCUCGUCAUGGCUUAAAUGUAGAUUGGUGUUAUGUAAAAGGUCAUGCUAAUAACCCAGGAAAUGUAGAAGCUGAUAAGCUUGCUGUUGAAGGCUGUGAUAAACCAGUUUCAGAAACUAUUAUUUUAACAUGAAGUAUAAUUUGACUUCAUUUUAAAAUAACAGUUUCUGAAUGUUUUAUAUAGUA